UCCCUUUCAUUUUGCCUUUGCCUUUUCACUCCCUUUUAUGACUGAUAUACAUAAUAUAAACCCUUUUUUUCUGGUGAACAUGAUGAAGUCUCUCUUUCUUUCUCUGUCUUUCUCUGUCUUUUGAGAGGCUAAAAUUUGUUGGAUACAGAUAAGUUGUAAUGAGUUGUCCCAAAAAUUUUGGGUAAAUUUUUUUCUUCUCUUCUCUUCUUCUUCUUCUUUUCAUUUUCUUCUUCUUUCCUCAUCUUGUUGCCUUGAUUCAACUCUUGAAGGCCCCUCCUAAUUACUCAACGCUGAUUGUAAGCAAAUCAGCGCCUCACGCAACUCCCAGUGGACCCUUAAACCUGAAAUGAAAGAGAAAGAUGAAGGUUUGAUGAUGAGGAAGAUGAUGAUGAUGAGAAAUGAGAAUGAAUAAAACAAAAUCUUUCCUUUCAAUUUUCAAAAUUGUAGCAUCACAUUGCAACAUUUUCAUUUUCAAUUUUACUAAUUUCAUUUGAAGCAAACUAACAGAAGCAGAAUCGUAAUUUACUUGCCAAUAUUUACACAUUUAUUUCACAAUUUCAAUCCUUUCUUAAUCAUUGACAACCAUCAUCAUCAUCAUCAAUAUCAAUUUAAUAUUAAACAUUGAAUUAAUCAUUAUCUAACCUUUGAGAAUCAAUUUGUUUUGUCUUUCCUUUCCUUUGCCAUCCAUUUUAAAUAAUUUGUAUCUUAAACAACAGUUGACAAGUUUACUGUUGUUUACAAUUGUUAUUGAUUCCGUCAAUGGAUACGUUGACUGUUGACCUCUUUUCAUCAUCUUUUUCUUCAUCUCUUUCAUCUUCUCCAUCUUCAUCAUCAUCUUUUAUCAUCAAUCUUCUAUAGUGUAUCAGCAUCUGAAAUCAUCAACAAAAGCAACAACAAGUAAAUACAACAACAACUCGCAUCAGAAAACCAGAAUUUAGUUGAAAAUUGUUCACCAUUUAAUUUCACUUUUUAAACAACCAAAAUUGAUUCCAUCCUUUAACCAAAAAUACAAUCCAAUUGAUUGCCCAGUGCCUAGUAAUAGUCAAAGUGAUUAACAGUGGUUUAUCAACAACAAUUGUUUAACCAAACAGUUUAAAUGAAAAGAUGAAAAGUGAAGUGAUUAAACCUCAAGAUUUUGUUUAUCAAGUAAAUUAGUUGACACUUUGACAAAGUCUAACGUUUCAUCGACUAACCCAACCAAGAUGUCAUCCAUGGGCGAUUCAACAUUGGCUUACUGUUAUCGUCGCACUGAAUCUCAAGUGUCAAAACUGUUGACCAAUUUCGGUAAACUAUUUACUGACCAAAGUCUCUUUGAUUGUUCAAUUAUUUGUGAAGGUAAAGUUAUUAAAGGACACAAAUUCAUGUUGGCUGCUUCAUCAGAUUAUUUUAAGGCUGCAUUCACAUCAUUCAACAACACUUCAUGUUCAAAUAGUGCACUCAUUAUUGGUGAAGUGCCGUAUGAUGAUUUAAGGUUAAUCAUUGAUUACAUUUAUCAAGGUGAGAUAAUUAUACCUUCAAGUCAAUUGUCUUCCCUUCAAAGGUCUUGUCAAUGGUUGAAGAUCAACUGUUUCCUGACAACAACAACUACACCUUCAACCUCUUCAUCUUCAUCCAUUUCAUCAACACUGGCAACUGGACUCAUUCCCAUUACAAGUAAAAAAGUAUUCAAAGUAAAAUCAUUAGCAUCUUCAACAUCAUCAAAUGAUAAUUUAAAUUAUAAUGCUUCUUCAUCUUCUGCUUCCAAUAAGAUUAAAGUUAAACUAGACUCGUCUGAUUCAAUGAUGAUGAUGAUGAUCAAUAAAGAUAUUUUAUCCUCGUCAACUUCACCUUCUUCAUCUUCAUCCCAUGAACUUGUAAAUGGCCAUGCAAAUGGAAAUUUGAUUGGCACAUUGAAUCGAGUUCCAUCGCUUUUGUAUUCCAAUUUGUUUCGAUCAACUCCACAAAUGAUUAAGAUUGUUGAUCCAAUCAUUUUAAACUCGACCAACGAGCAAACCAAUGGUUCAUCGGUCAACUCAACAACAGCAACCACAACAACAAGCUCAACCUCAACCUCAUCCUUGGCUUGUGCAACAUCAACUUCACCUUUACUGACUCACAAGACUUCACCGACAGCCGAGACUAGGCGAGGUUUCCCUUUGCCGGGUGAGCCUUUUGUUCAGCUUCGAGAACUCCUUCGACGUGAACCAAACCAAUCGGAUAAUGGACAGACGGACACUGUCAAUGGUGAGGUUAAUGGUGAGGAUAAGAUGGAGAUGCAGGAGAAUGAUCAUGAUGAGGAAAGGAGAAAGGUCAAGGAAGAGUUGAUUGUUGAAGAGGAGGAGGAAGAUGGUGAUGGUGAUGAUGAGAAUGAUGAUGAGGAAGAGGCUGAAGAAGUGGAUAUUGAAGAGGAACAAGAACAGGAGGAAGAUGGUGUCAUUGAGAAUGAUGAGGAAGGUAAAGGGCAAACAGUUAAAGGUCAACAAGCUGAUAAUGCUGGUUAUUUGUCUUCAGAAGAAUUUGAAAUUGACAUUCCAAGGUCAAAUGAAGAGGGUGAAGACAACAUUUAUUAUCAUCAUCAACAUCAUCAACAAAAGAUGGACCCAAUGGAAGGUGAUAAUAAUGGUUCAAGUUUACAAGUGGAAGAGGAAAUGGAAGAAGAAAUGGAAAGACAAAUUGGUUCGAUGGAAGAGGAAAGGGUUGAAGGUGGAGACGAGGAGGAAGAAGAAGAGGAAGAAGAGGUUGAUGAAGAUGAAGAUGAAGAUGAGGUAAUUGAUAUGAGGGUUAAUGCAGGUCGUCGAUUUGAUGGACUUCAAUCAAGUCAACUAGCCAAGUCAAGUUCAACUCUUAACCAUUUAAGCAACACUUUCAAAGGAUCCAACCUGAAUGCUGCUGCAGCAGCAGCAGUUACAGCCGCAGUAGCAGCAGCCGUGACCGGAGGAUCAACCUCUUUGGGAUCAAAUUUAGUGGAUGAAUGUCCUUCUGGAGAUUCACUUGAUCUCGACUGUGGUGAUAAACUGAGGGCCACAGCCAACUACUCAAUGAUCCCAUUCACUGCAUCAAUAGCAUCAUCAUUUACCUCGGCCACGGCUCGAGCCAUUGCUGCAUCAACCACCCUUGCAGUUGCCUCGGGUUUACUGUCAAAGCAACAGCAACAACAACAGUCUCACAGUCAUUUAUCAUUGAACGGCAUCAAUGGUUCAUCACUUCAUCACCUUCACCCUCAUCAACAUCACCAUCAACAACAGCACAAUGAAACACUCUUUAAAACUCUCAAUAAUUCGUCCAAUUGUGAUUACAAAUAUGAUUCAUCUGAUGUUACGGUUCCCCUUAAACGAGGUCGCGGUCGACCACCUCGACAUUUACGUGAAACAACAGUCAAUGGUUCAUCAUCAUCUUCAUCAAACCUUAACUCAUCCAACCUGGAACCUUUAAGGUCAACUUUUAAGAUUCGUAAUAUUUUGCCUUCGGGAACCUCAAGUGACCUAAUACUUCAAUCGAACAACUCGAACACCAACAAUUCAAAUACAACCGGUGCAACAACCAACAAUGGUAACCAUCUAAAUGGCACCAAUCACGUCAACGGCAAUUCCAACUGUACUCCAAAUAACCAGAAUACCAAUCAUCAUGUUGGUAAUCACAUUAUUUUAUCAACAUCAUCCAAUCUUGGACUAACCCUGAAACGUAAAAUACGACUCACCAAUCACGGUUUAAUUGGUUUAGUUAGCGGUUCAUCGCCCAAAGGCCGUAAACCCAAAUUAGGAGCUCAUUCGGUUGACCAUUCGGCCAAUGGUAAAAAUGUUUGUCCCUAUUGUCCACAAGUAUACUAUUCAAAUCAGGCCAUGAAUGAUCACAUCAACAAUGUUCACACAGGUAAUUCCCGUAAAUAUACCUGUGACCUUUGCUCCAAAGAGUUUAGUUGGAAGAUCAGUUUAACCAAACAUUUACGCAACUCACAUAAACCCGAAAACAACAAGAGUGAACCCGAACUGGAUACAAGACAAUUAACUUUAAUGUAAAAUUGUAACAUUGAUAACAUUUAGAUUAACUAUUAAAAACAAAAGACUUGAAAUUUAA